UGGCACGCGAGAAGCCGCGAUACCACGAUUCCACCUUGUGACCAGACGCUGACCGAAUUAAGAAAGAUACGCCUGAGAUCUCUUCGUUCACAAAACUCUGGAUCUGUGCUCUUGGUUCGUGCCAUCGAACAACCACUACAACUAGGAGCUCUCUAUCCCGUCAUGAACGUGGUUGAGGACAUCACUCAAGACGUUAGCCAUCUAGAAGUCUUCUUUCCCAGCACUUCGCCUCCAGUAGCAAUACUCAAGCAAGGCACUGUGGUUGCAAUCAAGGAGCCUCUCUACGUCAUGAACCAUGGCAGGAAGGUCAUCAGAGUCGUACACCCCUCGAAUAUUAUGAUCCUCAAGCCUGAGCAUAACAUGUAUCCCAAAGUGUUUCAGGUUCUUCCUGCAUCACUCGCGAAGACGAGUCUGGAAUGGCAUACUGAAGGCAAUGGUGCCUUGAAGAGAGGUGAGUACGCUGAAGCAGUAUAUCGUCUCUACUAUGGCCGCGUGGAUGCCGCGAUGCAUGCUGGUUCAUUUGAGCUAGCAUUGGAAAGUGCGAUGCUCCUUAUCUCAGCAUCAGGGCAACCGUCGAAGCCAGAAAACACCAAAGCUUUGUAUCUUGCAGGCAAAGCCGCCUAUCAACUACGCAAAUUUGCGCUCGCAGAAGAAUUGUUCCAGCCUCUCCUCUCAGCCUGUCCGACUGAUCUACAGAGCCUCCAGGAGAUUCACAAGGUUCAAGAGAGACUACGGGAAGAGAGAAUCGGAGCAUAUGAUUUCACCACCAUGUUGAGCCAGCAGACGUUCGCCGAUCAUGCUACUUUCAUCAACAGAACGGAAGUUCGAGAAUCGAAAGAUCAUGGUCGCGGACUGUACGCGAGAGACGAUAUCAAGUGUGGUGAACUUGUUUUCUGCGAGAAGGCCUUCGAAAUCUCGCAUCCUGCGUCAACAUCUCCCAGCGACCCAUACUCGGUCCAGUACAACAACUAUUAUGGUGGCUGUGGGAAAGGAGUUGCUGCACUAUGGCUUCGAACAGUGCAANAGAUUUUUGCGAACCCGUCUUACGCACGAGAGCUACUCACUUUGUACGGCGGCAUAUCGUAUACAGACUACGUCGAUGCCCCUGUUGUUGAUGGACAAAUCGCAAUAGAUGUCUAUCAGGUCUUGCAGAUCAUCGAUCAUAACGUUUACAGCUUCGAGGCCGGACAUGCUCAGCAACCCUAUGGCACUACCAGACAUUCAACCAACGAAGAUCGAGAAUCAGUUGGCCUCUUCCAACACGCAUCAUACAUGAACCACAGCUGUCUGAACAAUUCGAGCCGGAGCAUGACGGGCGAUAUGAUGAUCAUAAGGGCGAACAAACCUAUACCUAGAGGCACCGAGAUCACUACGUCUUACCUGUCGCCUAGUAUUGGCGAACCAAGACGUAGUGCCGAACUCAACAGGAUCUGGAAGUUUCAAUGCGACUGCAAGCUUUGCGCCAGCGAGAUUGCUUGCAAAGUUGACUGGAAACCAGUAUUCGAUGAGAUUAGAUCUCUCAGGUUACCACGAGAUUUGCACGACCCAACCCUCCUGAGAGACAGGAUCCAGACAGCAAAAGAGCUUGUUGCGAAGUUUGAAGAGUGUUAUCCUAAGCACUUGUUCAAGGUGGGAGAAAUGCCUUGUAUCGCCCUUCGAGAACUGCAAGAGAUUCUCAUGGUUGCGAAUAGUCGUUUGGGUGAUCACGACAGCUCACGCGAGCAUGCGCUGUGUUUCGUCCGAGAUAGCGGCUACAAGAUUUCAUCCCGGCAGUCAUUUGUCUCGAUGGACUGGAAGAAUGGAAUCCCAAGCAAGGAAAUGGUGGACGCGUUGUAUCUGCUUGCGAAUCAGGAGGCUUGUAGAGGAGUUGCAGAACAAUAUCUGUCUUUGGCUAAGCAGAUGUACCUGAUCGUCAAUGGCACAUGUCAUGCCUGGGAAGUCGCUUAUGGCGAGCUUGGGGCUCAA